AUUCCUUUCAAUUUAAUGCAGACAGAGAGGGCAGGAAAAGACAUCAGUAAUGGGGAGACGGUGAAGGAAGCGAGCCCCGAGGGAGUACCCGAACAAGAAGGUGGAUUAGAGUCUCCUGGCGGCGCGCUGAGGUCGGGUGAGGCGGCCAGGAACGGCCGGCGGCUGCCAUGGCAUCGCACGGGCUGCGGAAAGGGACUGAGCGAAUAUAAGAGAAACUUCCGAUGGAAAACCCCAGAGCUUUGUAGCUCAUCCCAACAGCAGAGAUCCUUGUGGGCAGGACUUCGGUCGGAUCAGUUUGGAAUCACAAGAGAACCAAACUUCAUUUCCAAGAGAAGGGUACCUUACCACAAUCCACAGAUUUCAAAGUCCUUUGAAUGGACAGAAGAUGGUGAUUUGAAUGACCCUCUGGAAACUGACGCUGCUAGGAGUGCAGAGUUGCACACAGACCACAACAACAAUGAUGUGAAUCAGGAAACAACUGAACUGCUGGAAGGACCCAGGCUCCCCAAGAAAGUUUGGUCACAUUCAGUAGAUUCUACAGGACAAACAGCUCUUGCCCCUGCAGAAAGUGACAUGAAGAGAUCACCUCCUGCAGCCUCACCAAAUCAAAAUGAAGCUUUUUCAUCUCCAGAAAAGGAAUUGGGAAAGAUGAGUAAUGGGCUUCAUAGAGUCCUUCAGAGAAAAGCAGACAUGAAUAUUCCACACUUAAGUGCUUUCCCCAGAAAUUCUGAAUAUCAAAGCCAAUUUGUUUGGAGGAGUCCUCAUGAAAAAUCACCAAUCCUUGCAGCUGAACAGGCUAUUAGCAACAGGAGUAAAUCCAUACCUCCACUUAAAAGUCCUGCAAUUACUUCAGAAACUGGAUGUGAGAGAAAUGGCAAGGGGUCUCCUCCUGUUAAGGAUCCAGAAGUGGGAGCUGGUCUGGAAGGGAAGGAAUUUCUGAGUGAGAAGGAAGAACCAUUUCAAAAGCCAGCAGAGGAUGCAGCAAAACAAGGGAAAUCAGGACAGAAACAUCCUAACCAAAAACAUAAGCAACGAAGCAGGCCAAAGCCCCUCUCCUUACGUAGGAGUCAUGGGAAGAUAAACACUGAAUAUAGGUCAAAAUUUUUGUCUCCAGCUCAGUAUUUGUACAAAGAUGGAGCUUGGUCUCGUAUCAGGAGCAACCAGGCAUCUCAAACCACCCUAAAUUCCAUGUGGUAUAUGGAGGUGAAAGAGCUUCGAGAAAGAGCAAAGGCUUACAGGCAACGAGUAGAGGGAACACACUUCUCCCGCUAUCACCUCAAUCAGAUCCUGUCUGAUAACAACAGUCUCUGGGAUGUGUCUUCAAAUUCCAGUUCAGAAGAAGGCAUCAGCAGCAACAUCAGAGCACUAGAUCUUGCUGGAGUUUCUGAAAAAGAGACUGCACCCAGCCCCAGAGUGCUGCAGCAUCCUGACCCCAGAGAACAGCCACAGCAGGACAGCAGUGACAGAAAGGAGUUGCCAGAUGCUUUAAGUGCUCCAGUCAAAAGGCGUUUAGCCUGGGGUGAGCAAGAAGGCACUGAAGAAAGAGAGAAUCCAAAGUCAACAGAAGAGGAAGAGCACCAAGAUGAGCAGGCUGUAGUCCUGGCUCAGCAGUUAGAAGAAAACAAUGAGGAUGCCAAUGAAGAUCAGAAAGUUGAAGGUGAGAAUGCCUUAGGACUGAACUCCUCUGCAGCUGUGUCAGAUUCUUCUUCUGUAUCCUCGAGGGCAGGCGGACGGCUUCCGACUCCUCAGCUGAGAGCUCGUGGUGGAGCUCAGAGAACUCAUCAUGACCUUACCACCCCAGCUGUUGGAGGUGCAGUUUUAGUGUCUCCUCCUAAGCUGAAGUCUUCUCAACGGAGAGCACAAGCUUUAGCAACACAUCCUUCUCCAGCUAAGAAAGGUGCAAGAGAAGCUUCAAAAAGAAAGUCCUUCCAGAAGGACACAAAAGUGGAAGCUGUUUCACUUCUUACUUCUCCACCUGCUGGGCUAAGGACUCUGGAUCCUUUGCCACUUAGGCAGGAUCGAUGGCCUGCUACCAGUGUUUCUAAGGAGCAAGUUGCUUCAGCCCAUCGAGAGCAUUCUGCUGUACCUCCUAUGCUGAAGUCAGCCAAAAACUUCUCUAUGCCUUUCUGGAGUCCCUCUCCUCGAAUUCAAGGGACUCUCAAGGAUCCAGAAUUCCAGCAUAAUGGGAAUCUUGGCAAUCCAAAACCAAGACCUUUCCAGUUACCCCUUCAGGAGAGGAACUAUAGUGAUGAAGACGAGAGGCUGUCGCAGCUCUCUGCUCGCUCAGCAGCAUCUAGCUCGCUCGCAUCGCAGAUACUGGAACGAGCUCAGAAGAGGAAGGAUUUCUGGGGCAAGACAUAAUCUCUCCCACCCAGCUGGAUGGAUUUGGAGGUUUAUAGGUUGUAGCAGUGUACAUUUGAAACAAGUAUGAUUGGAGAUAUCUUCACUUCCCACUAAUCAGGCCACACUUUUAGGACUUGCCAUCUCAAUUUGAAUUUUCGGUGGUGAUAUCCUUUAGAUCUGAGAGUUAUGUCUUAAUUUAUUAGGUCACAGCAUUCAUUGGGGGGGGUUGUGUUUGAGUUUUUUGUGUGUUGUUUUUUAAUUUCCAGUGGCAGCUCUUGCAACUGAGGUGAUUGGCUUUUUUCAUGCCACCAGCCUGUUGCUUUUCAAGGUACCCUGUUGUGGUCAUGCAGUAUGACCUAGGACAGUAUUCGAAGGGCAACGCCAUCAUUUUCCAAGCAGCUCAGUUGCUUGACUUUAACCUGCCCUCUUGAAAGGCAGCUGUGGGGUAUUUGUGUAUGUUACUGUAUGAAUUGGCAGCACAAGGCAGUGCUGUAACCAAAACUUCCUUCUUUUAACUUGUUACUAAAGAAAAACAAGUGCAUUAUUUCUUGAGAGAGCUAAUCUGAAACAUGCAAGAGCUGAAGAAGAGGACACUAAGUGUUAGAGUUUAUUCACUGUCCACAGGUUUCUAGCUAAGAUGAGUGUUAGAGGUCAACGAGUGCAGCACUGCAUCCUGUCAGAUGUACUGAUAGGAACAUUUGGCCUUCUGUGGGCAAUAUCCUUGCUUGAUGUUAAUUUUGACUUCUCUAGACAAUGCAACCUCAGCCACCUUAAAGAGUGGCAUUCCCCAUCUCCACUUCAAACUCAGGUAUUUAGAAGUAGUUAAUCCCUUACACUCAGAAGGGUGUUUUUUCUUCACUUGGACGUUUUAAUUACCUCUCCACCUAGCUGCCUGUUUCUGGGAGGCUGGCAGACUGUUUAUUGUGACAGUGAAAAACGUUUGUGAUCUAUGCUGACAGCUCAGCUGAUCUUCGUAAGCAAUGCAAACAGUUUGAACGUGAAGCAGAGGGAGCAGGCAGGUGGCUGGCAGGCAGCUGGGGUCUUCUUGUAGGGCUUUAAGUCUUAACACUACUUAAUUUGGGAAUUUUCUACAAGAGCAAUGUGAAUUUUGUACCCAUUGUGAUUUUGUACACAAUCAUGCAUGCAUAUUGCUGAAAAUAAAAGCUGCUGUUUGGUUUGUUUCUACUCAA